UUGGGUGUUUGCUGAGCCUUUGCUGUUCUGUGCAGGAGCUGGGAGGAGGCCAGACCCAGACCCUGCUCUUAGGGAGUACCUACCUGUGAGCCUGUGGCCCCAGGAGCCCACCCAUCUGUCCACCCUGAUGGCUCUGACCACACACAGCAGCUCUGAGAGGAAGGCAGGCCUGUGGAGUAUCAGUGCCCACCAGAACUAGCUAUUCCUGAUCUUGUCAGUUGUUGUCCCUGGGGAAACUGAGGCCCAGAUACUAGAAAGGGCUUGCCACUGCGUUACUAAUGGCUUCCUAGAGAAAAGGGGCCCUUGCUGGAGUUUUUCCUCGACUCCUCAACCUCAGGCAGCUGAGAACGUCCCAGCUGAGAGGGGGAUUUGAUGAGGGUUUGUCUCUGUGAAGCUGGGGCAGCCCAGGGCACCAGAGAGGGAAAAUGGCAAAUGCCGUAGCACGGUUGCCCAGGCUUGGAUCUGGAUUUAGCAGCUGUUGAAACAACUGGCUCCUGGACCUGUGACCCCUGGGAGGAGCGGGAUGGGGAUGAAAGGCGAUUACCUGAGGGGCUGCCUGGGCUGGGACAGCUGGCGAGGACAGCUGAGUGGGUGGCUUCUUGCCAAGUAUAACCCCGUGGGUCCCUUGACCUGGACCUCCCUCUGUGCUCUGAGGACAGGUAGGAACAGGCCCUGACCUGGGCCACAGCCGGUCAGUUCAGUUAGUGGACAUCACGGAGCCUCUGGCACAGGAACACCUGGGAGAUCCUGAAAGGGAACUGACACUGCUGCAUACCUACCGCGUGUGCCUUCAGGGGAGCUACCUCAUGCUGCCGGGCUCCCCCCUGCACAAGCAGGCCUCCGGCCCCUCUGCGGCCACAGCUGCUGCCCCUGAGAAGCCUGGGCAGAAGACAGCCGAGGUGGGCGAUGACUUCCUGGGGGACUUCGUGGUUGGCGAGCGGGUGUGGGUGAAUGGUGUGAAGCCAGGAGUGGUGCAGUACCUGGGUGAGACGCAGUUCGCGCCCGGCCAGUGGGCUGGCGUGGUGCUGGAUGACCCGGUGGGCAAGAACGACGGCGCUGUGGGCGGUGUACGCUACUUUGAGUGCCCAGCCCUUCAGGGCAUCUUCACGCGGCCCUCCAAGCUGACCCGGCAGCCCACGGCCGAGGGCUCAGGCAGCGAUGCCCACUCGGUGGAGUCGCUGACCGCCCAGAACCUGUCCCUGCAUUCGGGCACAGCCACACCCCCACUGACCAGCCGUGUCAUCCCUCUGCGGGAGAGCGUCCUGAACAGCUCUGUCAAGACGGGCAACGAGUCGGGCUCCAACCUCUCCGACAGUGGCUCUGUGAAGCGGGGUGACAAGGACCUGCGCCUGGGAGACCGCGUGCUGGUUGGCGGUACGAAGACUGGCGUGGUGCGGUACGUGGGGGAGACAGACUUUGCCAAGGGCGAGUGGUGUGGCGUGGAGCUGGACGAGCCCCUUGGGAAGAAUGAUGGGGCGGUGGCGGGCACCAGGUAUUUCCAGUGCCCACCCAAGUUUGGUCUCUUCGCGCCCAUCCACAAGGUUAUCCGCAUUGGCUUCCCAUCCACCAGCCCUGCCAAGGCCAAGAAGACCAAGCGAAUGGCCAUGGGGGUCUCAGCUCUGACCCACAGCCCCAGCAGUUCCUCCAUCAGCUCUGUCAGCUCUGUGGCCUCUUCUGUGGGGGGCAGGCCUAGCCGCAGCGGCCUGCUCACGGAGACCUCUUCGAGAUACGCCCGCAAGAUCUCUGGCACAACUGCCUUGCAAGAGGCACUGAAGGAGAAGCAGCAGCACAUUGAGCAGUUGCUGGCUGAGCGGGACCUGGAGCGGGCUGAGGUGGCCAAGGCCACGAGCCAUAUCUGCGAGGUGGAGAAGGAGAUCGCUCUGCUGAAGGCACAACACGAGCAGUAUGUUGCAGAAGCAGAGGAGAAACUGCAGCGGGCCCGGCUGCUGGUGGAGAGCGUGCGGAAAGAGAAGGUAGACCUGUCCAACCAGCUGGAGGAGGAGCGGAGGAAGGUGGAAGACCUGCAGUUCCGGGUGGAGGAGGAGUCCAUCACCAAGGGAGACCUGGAGACCCAGACGCAGCUGGAGCACGCACGCAUUGGGGAGCUGGAGCAGAGCCUGCUACUGGAGAAGGCGCAGGCCGAGCGGCUGCUCCGAGAAUUAGCGGACAACAGGCUGACCACGGUGGCUGAGAAGUCCCGGGUGCUACAGCUGGAGGAGGAGCUCAACCUGAGGCGCGGGGAGAUCGAGGAGCUACAGCAGUGCCUGCUGCACUCGGGGCCUCCGCCCGCCGACCACCCCGAGGCUGCUGAGACACUGCGACUGCGGGAGCGGCUGCUGUCGGCCAGCAAGGAGCACCAGAGGGAGAGCGGCGUGCUGCGGGACAAGUACGAGAAGGCCCUGCGGGCGUACCAGGCCGAGGUAGAGAAGCUCCGCAUGGCCAACGAGAAGUACGCGCAGGAGGUGGUGGACCUCAAGGCCAAGGUCCAACAGGCCACCAGCGAGAACAUGGGGCUCAUGGACAACUGGAAAUCCAAGCUGGACUCUCUGGCCUCAGACCACCAGAAGUCCCUGGAAGACCUCAAGGCCACCCUGAACUCAGGCCCAGGCGCCCAGCAGAAGGAGAUUGGGGAGCUGAAGGCCGUGAUGGAAGGCAUCAAGAUGGAGCACCAGCUGGAGCUGGGUAACCUGCGGGCCAAGCAUGACCUUGAGACCGCCAUGCACGUGAAGGAGAAGGAGAGCCUCCGGCAGAAGCUGCAGGAGGCCCAGGAGGAGCUGGCCGGCCUGCAGCAGCACUGGCAGGCCCAGCUGGAGGUGCAGGCCAGCCAGCACCGGCUAGAGCUGCAGGAGGCCCAGGACCAGUGCCGUGAUGCUGAGCUGCGGGUUCACGAGCUGGAGAAGCUGGAUGUGGAGUACCGGGGCCAGGCGCAGGCCAUCGAGUUCCUCAAAGAGCAGAUCUCCCUGGCUGAGAAGAAGAUGCUGGACUAUGAGCUGCUGCAGCGAUCAGAAGCUCAGAGCAAGCAGGAGGCUGAGAGGCUGCGGGAGAAGCUUCUGGUUGCCGAAAACAGACUCCAGGCCGUCGAGUCCCUGUGUUCAUCCCAGCACACCAAUAUGAUUGAGUCAGAUGACAUCUCAGGGGAGAAGAUCAGGAUGAAGGAGACUGUGGAGGGCCUGCAGGAUAAGCUGAACAAGAGGGACAAAGAGGUGACAGCUUUGACUUCCCAGACUGAGAUGCUCAGGGCCCAAGUAAGUGCAUUGGAGGGCAAGUGCAAGUCGGGAGAGAAGAAGGUAGAGGCCCUCCAGAAGGAGAAGCGACGUUUGGAGGCAGAGCUGGAGACCGUGUCCCGAAAGACCCACGACGCCUCGGGCCAGCUGGUCCUCAUCAGCCAGGAGCUGCUCCGGAAGGAGCGGAGCCUAAAUGAACUCCGAGUGUUGUUGCUGGAGGCCAAUCGCCACUCCCCAGGGCCUGAGAGGGACCUGGGCCGAGAAGUCCACAAGGCUGAGUGGCGGAUCAAGGAGCAGAAACUCAAGGAUGACAUCCGGGGCCUGCGGGAAAAGCUGACUGGACUGGACAAGGAGAAGGCCCUGUCGGAUCAGAGGCGCUACUCCCUCAUUGACCCGUCCUCAGCACCGGAGCUCCUGCGGCUGCAGCACCAGCUGAUGAGCACAGAGGAUGCUCUGCGCGAUGCACUGGACCAGGCUCAGCAGGUGGAGAAGCUCAUGGAGGCCAUGAAGUGCCACCCCGACAAGUCCCAGGCCAUUGGCAAUUCCGGUUCUGCGAAUGGCAUCCACCAGCAAGACAAAGCCCACAAACAAGAGGACAAGCACUGACCCUGAGGGACACCAAGGAGCGGCCCAGUCCACACCAGAGCCCCUCCAGCCUGCCCCGGCGGCGCCCCUUCCAGGCAGGGGCCAGAACUGUCACUUUGGAGACAAGAACAGUGUUUGUAACAAUAAUGUGCCCACCGCCGCGGACAAUCCCUCGCCCCGACCCCCCCUGCCGGACCAGGAGGCUUCCUCAAGCAUGACCUUCCACAGAGAGCGGUACAGCCCAGCCUGGCCCCUGGGACCUUCAACCUGGACGCCCCAGAUGCCCAGCAGUUUCUAGGGUUUGUUUGAGGAGGCAGAGGCCAUCCGGCUUGGCGCCUCUUACCCAGAAGGAGCUGCCUGAGGACCAUCUUGGCACCCUGGGCACAUCCCUACCAUUCCUUUCUUCCCUCUUUCCAGGGGUCCCCCUCAAAUCCCAGAGAGCCAUUGUCCCAGGAAGGGACUGGAGGAGGCCUCACUUCUCCUUGCAGGCACCAAGGAGGGAAGUCUACUCCUCAGGAGCCGGGGGGGGCACCCCUUUUCUGCAACCACUUCCAGGCUUCCCCACGGCUUCUCUUCCCCACAUACUGAACCCCCCGCUUCAAAGAGUGGUACCGGUUCUUCUCAGCCCAUCUGCCCAGUGAGGCCCAAGGUUCAAGAUGUUGGGGGGCAAGGUCCUUACCCCACCUCAAUACCAAAACACACUUAAACUCCGAGCUGCUGGCCAGGUGGUGGUCACCAAGGUCAGGAGAUACAGUAUUAGGAAGGUUUGGAAACCCCUCUCUCACCCCCACCACGGACCUGGCUUGGAACUGGAAAGGAGUGGCCGCCACAGAGGGGCGUAACAUGGUGAUCCCUGGGCUAACUAGAUCUUCCAGACCUGGGCCACCCACCUGUAUAUGCCUCACGCUGAUGUAUAUACCCACUGACCCCUGCACACUUUCAGGGGGCUCGAGGACACCCACGUGGCCAUGUAGGUAGGGUGUUUGCUGCUGGCCACCAUUAAGCCACAUUGAUGCAAGACUUGGGUUCCCAGACUGAGCCUCAGGCCACGGGACUAGGUCUGCACUUGGCAUGAACAUCCCCACACCCUAGCUGUGCAUGGGCACCUGGGGACAUCGGGGGACACAGAGAGGUGCAAGCCCCGCUCUUCACCAGAAUGUGUGUAUCCCACCAGCCCUUUCCCUCAACUCCUGCUGGGCUGCUCCAGGCUGGUGUGGCCUGGCAGCCCCACCCCUAAAGCUGGAGGGCCCAGAGGCUCUGCCUUGUGCCUCAGCGUCACCGUCACCGUAGGGGGCCUGCCCCCUCCCCCAGCUCAGGGAGAGUUUUCACUCGGGGCCUCCCCCCUGCCAGAGGCUGGAAUGGGGAGUUUGAUGCCCCAUCACGGCCUUCCCGCAGUGCACCCACAGAUAUGCAGUUCGUGCUCUGAGCACAGCCUCCGUCACCUCUAAGUGCUCCCAAGUACAGGUGGGUGCGCUCACAUUCUUACCCAAACAGCCCAUCCUGAGGGUGGUCCCUCCCCUCUGUUGGCUUUUGGUAGCUCGCGCAUGCGGUUUUAUUAACAACAGUCUAGAAGCAAUGCUUUAGUGGCCUAACCCAGAGUCAAAUACUACUCUUUCCAGCAAAACCAGGCAGCUCACCCCCACAGGAGGCCCUGACUAGUCUACUAACAGCCAAAGGCCCACCCCAGAGGGGCUGAACCCUGGGUGGGCUCGCAGGUGUGAAAGAAGUGGUUUCCCCCAUGAGCAUCUCCACCUGCCCCAUAUGGGCUCAGCCAUUCCCCCCGCCCCAGGUCUUACCUUUGCCAGUACCCCCCUCCCCAGUGGAAUUGUUGAAGUGUGGCCAGUCCGUGCUCGAGACAAUAAAGCUUGUGACUGAGGUCCAGGACCCCCCGCUCCAGUUGUUUAUUU